GCGGCCUUGCGCGCGUACUUUACUAAGAACCCUACCCAGGAGGAGAAAGCGUCUACUAUUCUAUCGACCUGUGAGGACGACGACGCGAGGGAGCUGUGUUAUGAUACUCACCAGACUCAACUUAUAGUUGUUCCAUCUAAGCGGCGUAAGAUUGAAACAGAAAUUGAAGAUGAAAACACCCAAGUAAUCGAACGCUUUGUCACUGAAGCUCUUAAAACAGAUUUGAAUGAACAAGUAAUUGUGCUUCCGCCACUUUUGAAGGACAGCUCUGAGAUAAAAAUCUACAGGCGUGAUUGCUAUGAUCAUAUAAAAGAGUUUAUUCUCAAAUCAUCCCCGUAUAAUCGCUUUUGUAUUACUGGCAACCCUGGAACCGGGAAGACAGUUUUUGGGUUUUUCAUGAUGAGUGUUUUGCUACAGCUACAUUAUCGCUUGCUUGUGGAUGGGGUUCACAAUGCAUAUUUGGUUGGUUUCAACAGGGAGACAGGUGCUGUGGAACUAGAAUGGAUUUUAGACGAUUCCCACUAUGCUUACCGUGCAAAAAAAGACGACGUAUGGUGCAUCAUUGAUAGCAAAAAGCCUAGAAUCGAUCAUGACUUCUCUCUAGGCCGAUUUAUCAUGGUUUCAUCACCAAGGGAGGAAUAUAUCAAGAACUUUAACAAAUACCCUCAUACACUCAAGAUGUAUAUGCCAAUUUGGACUAUAAAUGAAAUAUUAUUCUCAAAUUGA